CUCCAUGGAUGGGCAAUACAUCGGUUAUGUCUGCUAUGAUCCGCAACUAUUCAUCAACCACCCUCGCCAGGAAAUACGCGCCCUCCGUCGGCCGCGCAACGGAACGGUUUCCAAUACUACUUUCAGUUCUCCAAGUUACAACUCAAUGAGUAACAUGUAAUAGGAUGUGUAGCUGCGCGCUGAUACUCUGUAGCUGAAGGACACGCGCACAAGACCCUGUUCGAGAAGCUCUGAGAUCUGGGCACACUCGAGGUGAAGUA